AUGUCUUACGAUUACCUCUUCAAGUACAUAAUCAUCGGAGACACAGGCGUAGGGAAGUCAUGCCUGCUCUUGCAAUUCACUGACAAAAGAUUCCAGCCUGUUCAUGAUCUCACCAUCGGCGUUGAAUUCGGAGCUCGCAUGGUCACCAUCGAUGGCCGCCCUAUUAAGCUUCAAAUUUGGGACACUGCUGGGCAAGAGUCCUUCAGAUCGAUCACUAGAUCUUACUACAGAGGAGCAGCCGGAGCACUUCUGGUUUAUGAUAUUACCAGGAGAGAGACGUUUAAUCACCUAGCAAGCUGGCUGGAGGAUGCUCGGCAGCAUGCAAAUCCCAACAUGUCAAUUAUGCUUAUUGGGAACAAGUGUGAUCUUGCUCAUCGAAGGGCUGUUACCAAAGAGGAAGGGGAACAGUUUGCAAAAGAAAAUGGACUUCUGUUCCUGGAGGCAUCUGCAAGAACAGCUCAAAAUGUUGAGGAGGCCUUCAUAGGGACUGCUGGAAAGAUCCUUCAGAAUAUCCAGGAAGGUGUGUUUGAUGUAUCCAAUGAGUCUUCGGGGAUCAAGGUUGGAUAUGGGCGAGCCCAAGGCCCAUCAGGUGCAAGGGAUGGAACUGUUGCUCAAAGCGGUGGGUGCUGCGGUUAA